AUGAACUGGUCUGCGUUGGAGAGCCUUCUGAGUGGGGUCAACAAAUACUCCACAGCCUUCGGCCGCGUCUGGCUCUCCAUGGUCUUCGUUUUCCGGGUGUUGGUGUUUGUAGUGGCGGCUCAGCGAGUGUGGGGGGACGAGAGCAAGGACUUUGUUUGCAAUACUGCCCAGCCCGGUUGCACCAACGUUUGCUACGACGCCGUCUUCCCAAUUUCUCACAUCCGCUUGUGGGCCCUGCAGCUCAUCUUUGUAACGUGUCCCUCAUUGUUGGUGACGUGUCACGUCAAAUAUCGUGAAAAGAAAGACCUGGAGUACAGCAACUCGCAUAAGGGAGCUCAUCGAUAUGCCAACCCUGGGAAGAAGCGUGGGGGUCUGUGGUGGACCUACUUGGUCAGCCUGAUUUUUAAGGCGACCUUUGAUGCCGGCUUCCUGUACAUCCUCCAUUACAUCUACAACGGCUUCGACAUGCCCCGGGUCACCAAGUGUUCUCUAGAGCCCUGCCCCAACACGGUGGACUGCUACAUUUCCCGGCCUACUGAGAAAAAAAUCUUCACCCUCUUCAUGGUGGUCUCAUCUGCCGUUUGCAUUUUAAUGUGCCUCAGCGAGAUGGUGUACUUCAUCAGCAAACGCAUCCUGAAACACAAUCGGAAGAAGAGGAUGAUGUUGAGAAGAGAGUUCGCGGACACUCAUGAAAUGACACAGCUCUCUGCGCCCAGGACUGAGAUGAGGUCCACAACUUCCUUUCGACUGGAUCCCACCGUCUCUAUCAACAACCUCAAUAACCUGAAACCUGAGAAUGAAGACAAUAAAACUAAAAAUGAUCCAACGUGCGAGAACGGCAACCUCGGGUUUAUAUAAGGAGCUAAGAAUCCCUCAGACUCUAUUGACGGCAGCUGUUCCAAAGUUACUCAUCGAUUCACAGAUGACUUGUAAAUUAACGGAAUUUACUUUUUACCAAAGGCAUCGUCUGUGCAUGCACUUGAAGGACCCCCCACAUCAUGUUAAACCCAACGGAGUGCCCUGCACCAGGUUUGAAUAGAAAUUCACAAAUUGUAUUCCAGAACCAAAUUUGUCUGAAAGCAUACAAAGCGUGUCAAAUAUCGGAAAGAAAAAAUAAAUAAAUCGAGUCAUCGAGUUAGGGCUUGCUUUUCAUUCGUUAUUGUUUAGCUGUGGCUAUGAGGUCUCUACUUUGUAUACAGUAAAGAAGUUCCAGGAAAUUCUAGUUCUGGACAUUUUUUAUUUGGGGUACUAGGACUCGCCUCCUAUGUGUUGACCAUCUUUGAGAAUGCAGUAAACAGACCUAAUGGGUAAAUGGACUUUCACUUGCGGCACUUUCCCACCUUCAAAGCACUCAAAGCACUUUAGCUCUGUCUCAGUUAGAAAUGUAUGAUGCUCAAGGAAACUUCAGCAUGGUCAAAAGGGCUCAGUGGUACCUCUUCAAGUCUCAUUUUGACUCAGUCUUGACAAUUUCCCUGAAGUAAAAGUCUGUGUAGACAUUGCAAUAUUUUUGUGAGUAUUGUUUCUGUUAAAAACAUAUCUUCAUCUAUACAUAGACACAUCUUCCCCUUUUUGUUAUAAGAGUUCAAUGGACUUUCACUCUUUUAAUCCAGAAUUAGGUUUUGCAUCUGUGCAUGCAAGUUACUAAGAAAAUGAAUGUAAAGUUAAUGUUAAAGGCACUAUACAUAACAUUUUUUGGUUAGGUUUUCUUUCUUUUGGGUGGGAAAUGGCAAUUCACAACAAAUUGUCUUGAUAAAAACUAACCAAUGGAAUAAACUAUCAAUCUGUC